UCGUGUCUCGCAGCGGCGCUGGGGACGCUCGACUUCAGCCUGCUCUAUGACCAGGAGAACAACGCGCUGCACUGCACCAUCAGCAAGGCCAAGGGCCGGAAGCCGAUGGACCACAACGGGCUGGCCGACCCCUACGUGAAGCUGCAUCUGCUGCCCGGCGCCAGCAAGGCGAACAAGCUGAGGACCAAGACGCUGCGCAACACCCUGAACCCCACCUGGAACGAGACGCUCACCUACUACGGCAUCACCGACGAGGACAUGAUCCGCAAGACCCUGCGGAUCUCGGUGUGCGACGAGGACAAGUUCCGGCACAACGAGUUCAUCGGCGAGACCCGCAUCCCCCUCAAGAAGCUGAAGCCCAACCAGACCAAGAGCUUCAGCAUCUGCCUGGAGAAGCAGCUGCCGAUGGACAAGACGGAGGACAAGUCGCUGGAGGAGCGGGGCCGCAUCCUCAUCUCGCUCAAGUACAGCUCGCAGAAGCAGGGGCUGCUCGUGGGCAUCGUCCGCUGCGCCCACCUGGCCGCCAUGGACGCCAACGGCUACUCCGACCCCUACGUCAAGACGUACUUGAAGCCGGACGAGGACAAGAAAUCCAAGCAUAAGACGGCGGUGAAGAAAAAGACGCUAAACCCCGAAUUCAACGAGGAGUUCUGCUAUGAGAUCAAGCACGGUGACCUGGCCAAGAAGACCUUGGAAGUGACCGUGUGGGAUUACGACAUCGGGAAAUCCAAUGACUUCAUAGGUGGCGUCGUGCUGGGCAUCAACGCCAAGGGCGAGCGCCUCAAGCACUGGUUCGACUGCCUGAAGAACAAGGACAAGAAGAUCGAGCGCUGGCACACGCUGACCAACGAGCUGCCGGGCGCCGUGCUCAGCGACUGAGGUGGC